GCAGGAGUCCAGAGCGUGAAACAAGAGUGGAAGGACACGUGGCAGGCAUGUAGACCCGCGGGAACACACCCGCUGCAUGAAGAAGCUGAGUGCGUGUCGGUUCGGUUCGCUGCCUCCGCCGCCUUGCAAUCUAAAACCAGCAGCCCCCUCGCCUCCGCUUUUUCGCCGUGUUGCUCUCUCAAUCUUCGCUUUAAGGAUUCGGAGGCUCAAGAAGCUGAAGUUCAAAGAUGAAGGUACAUGAAACGAGGUCUCACGCGCACUCAGCCGGCGAAGAAGAGAAGGUGGCGGCGAGGAAGCAGAAGGCGGACGGCAAGGCGCACGAGGCGGAGCAAUCGCCGAAGAAGGCGAAGCCGGAAGGCGACAACGGCCAUCCCGACGGAGCGGCUGCCGGCCAUGUCGCCAUGGAGUUCAGAAAGUUCUGUAAGGCCACGAGUGAACAACUCUCGGUUCAGCAAAUGCGCGAGAUCCUGGAGGCCAACGACCAGGACAUUUCCGGCUCCGAUGAUGCCGUCGUUUCGAGAUGCCAGGAUAUGCUGUUCUAUGGGGUACUGGAUAAAUGUCCGAUUUGCGGCGGCAAUUUGGAGGUUAAGGCUGGCAACUGCUCCUGCAAAGGAGAUUAUAGUGAAUGGUCAACAUGCCCCUUCAGCACCAAGGAUCCUCCGAGAAAAGAGGAACCCAUCAAACUACCUGAAUCUGUCCAAAACUCAGCUGUUUCAGAUUUGAUAAAGAGUCGCCAAAGUAACACAAAGCAACGCAAAAAGAGGGAUGCAGGAUCGGCGGACAAGCCAUUUGCAGGAAUGAUGAUAUCUUUGUCGGGUCGUCUUACUCGGACACAUCAAUACUGGAAAUCAAAGAUUGAAAAAAAUGGAGGCAAAGCUUCAAAUUCUGUUGUUGGUGUAACUUGUCUGGUUGUAUCCCCCGCCGAGCGUGAACGUGGCGGCUCAUCUAAAGUUGCAGAAGCAACGGUGAGGGGCAUACCAAUAGUGGGUGAAGCUUGGUUGAUCGACAGCACUGAGAAACAGGAGGCUCAGCCAUUAGAUGCUUAUGAUGUAGUUAGUGAUCUUGUGGUCAAUGAAAGAAGUAUCCCGUGGGAUAAGCAAGAUCCCAGUAAGGAGGCACUCGAAUCACUAGUAGCAGAGGUCAAAGUAUAUGGGAAAAGAGGAGUCCACAAGGCCUCCAAGCUGCAGGAUGAAGGUGGACAGAUUCUCGAAAAAGAUGGAAUAUUGUUCAACUGUGCUUUGACUCUAUGCGAUUUGGGACUAGGAGUGAAUGACUUUUGCAUAAUGCAAUUGGUUGUGGUACCAAAUACGGGCUUGCAUCUGUACUACAAGAAAGGGAAAGCUGGGGCUGAUGCCAGAGCAGAAGAAAGGCUCGAAGAAAGGGAAAAUGUGGACGGUGCCAUCAAGGAAUUUGCUAAGCUCUUUGAGGAACUAACUGGAAAUGAGUUUGAGCCAUGGGAGAGGGAGAAGAAGAUUCAAACACGGAAAUUCUAUCCGGUGGACAUGGCUGAUGGAGUCGAUGUUAGGCAUGGAGGGCUUGGUCUUCGACAGCUAGGUGUUGCUGUCACCCACUGCAAGCUAGAUCCAGUAGUAGCAAAUUUUAUGAAGGUUUUAUGCAGUCAGGAGAUAUACAGGUAUGCCUUGAUGGAAAUGGGCUUGGACCCCCCUGAUCUACCAAUGGGGAUGCUCUCCGAUCUUCAUUUGAAGAGAUGCGAGGAGAUAUUGCUGCAGUUCAUAGAAGCAGUGAAAACAAUGAAAGAAACAGGACAAAAGGCCAUAGCUAGGUGGACAGAUUUCACCAUGAAAUGGUUUACUCUCAUGUAUUCUACCAGGCCUUUCUUCUUCCGUGAAUAUCAAGAUCUUGCAGACCAUGCUGCAGCUGCAUUCGAGACUGUCAGGGGAGACAUGAGUGGUUCCACACUUGAUGACCCUUUGUCUGAUGGAUACAGGAAAUUGGAGUGCUCAAUUUUGCCGCUUGAGAAGGAUUCUGAUGAUUACAAGAUGAUAACAAAUUAUCUAGAGAAAACCUAUAAACCUGUCAAAGUUGGAGAGAUUAGCUAUGGGAUUUCCGUGGAGAAUGUAUUAGCUGUUGAGCCAAGUGCCAGACCUUCAUAUAAUGAAAUAAAGAAGCUUCCCAAUAAGGUCCUGCUAUGGUGUGGGACACGGACCUCAAAUCUGCUGAGGCAUUUGCACAAAGGAUUUCAACGGUCGAUAUGUUGGCCACCUACUCCAGGAUAUAUGUUUGGAAGGUCAAUAGUUUGUUCAGAUGUUGCUGCCGGAACUGCUAGAUAUGGAUUUACUGCAGUUGACAGGCCGGAUGGAUUCUUGGUAUUGGCCAUUACUUCCCUGGGUGAGCAAAUCAGAGAGUACAAUAGGGCAUCGGAAGAAGUGAAAACUCCGGAAGAGAAGGUGGUUGGGGUCAGGGGAUUAGGGCGAAAGAAGACCGAUGAAUCAGAGCACUUCAUUUGGAAGGAUGACAUCAGAGUCCCAUGCGGUCGACUAGUCCCUUCAGAGCAUAAAGAUAGACCUCUGGAGUAUAAUGAAUAUGCUGCCUAUGAUCCUAAGCAGGGAUGUUGCUAAACUAGUUCAGGGUU